AUGAAGCCGUUCAUGAACGGUACCAUCUUCUGGGGGCAGGCGAUGUUCACCGGCUCCGCUUCGGCAUCCUCCUCGUCCGACACGAGGACGGCUGCUUCCUCGUUCGGCCCCCUCGGCCUCUUCGGUAAAGGGGUCACAUCGAGGGCACCCUUGAUCACCCUUUUCCCAGUCACCUGGAGAUGGGCCUCCCGGAUCAACUCGGCCUCCGCCACCCUUCUCUCCCACCUCCGAUCGCCCGGCGUGCCCUCCUGCGUCGACGCACACUCGGCCUAG